AUGGUAAAAUCGAAUUCAACCUGUAAUGAACCUGUGACAUCAGAUACAAUAUUGCUUAACAUAGAUGGUACACAAGUCAAGUUGCUGCCGUUCAGUUAUCAACAUGAUCCACUUAGUUCUAGUGAACUGAGUCAUUAUCAAUACUUGCCAUCAAUGAUACAAACAAGUCUACCUCCACAACAUCAUCAGCAUAUUACAACUACAGCACAUGAAAUUCAAGGCAUACCAACUGAUAAACUGUUUAAGUCGAAAUCAGAUUAUCAGAUUAAAUCUAAGGGGGAAGUUAACUCACCAAAUUCUUGUGAUCAGUUGAUUCGAUCAAACAGUAUGAAGACAAAUUUCGCUCAACCAACUCCCCUAGAAACAUUAACCAAUGACAAUAGUACGAAUAACUUAUCUAAAACAAAUUUAUGGUUAAAUGCAUAUCAAGGGGAACAACUGGUUGUAGCGAUAAAUUUAGUCAGUUGUAUAAUCGCAGUGGGUACAUGGUCUCCGUAUAUUUUAGCUUCGCUGGCACACGGUUUAUGCCAACCGAUAAGUAUACCGAAAUCAAUGUUUAAUCAGAUAAUGCAUCCUUUAUCGUCAUCUACCUCACCUGUAACUAUAAAUUCUCAUUUGGUUUCAUCACCAUCGUCUCCUUCAAAUACCCCUGGUGGCAACCUACUAUCCAAUCCCACUAUUAGUAGAUGUUGGAUUCAUUUAAGUGUUGACCGAUUAUCAGAUUUUCGUUGGUGGGCAUAUGCAAGUUCUGGUCUCCUGUUACCGUGUUUGUUAUUCUUUCUUGAUUUAGGUUUACGUGAAGGUUGUUGGAGAGCUUUACAGUAUAAGACAAAACCACCUAAUGAAAAGUAUGAUUCUCCGAAAACAGCUACACAUAAUCCUAAUAGUCAAUAUUCCAAGUCUAUAAAUACUACUAACAAUAAUCAGAGUAGUAGAGAAGAGGCCAGAUAUAACCAGUUAGGAUCUGUUAGAAUCUCCAAUAUCCCAUAUGAUGCCAAUAGUACAUCGAAUAACAGAUCUGUGAAACUUCAAGAAUUUGAAAUGACUUCAUCCAUCUCACAUACGAAAUAA